AAUCUGUACUGAAUAUUGCUUAACAAUACUUUGUUACACUUUUUGAACGAGCUUAUUUAUUCAAAUUGAAAUUUUGAGCAUUUCCUUUACCUUUAAUAUUAAAUGGAACCGAAAGUAAUCUGACCGAAAAACAAAGGCCGGGCGGAUGUUGUUCCUUAGUUUCAAUGGCAGCGUUUUUAGCGUCUGUGACAGCAGAUUAUACUGCUAUGAUUAGCGAUAGUUUUUCCGAGACAUUUUAAAGUGGACUUUGUAUGAUACAUUUAGACUAUUAUAUGUUAGUUUAAUUCUUGAACAGAUGAAACUGGCACUCCCAUAUGCUUGAAGUACAAAUAACAUAUGCACAGUGUGCCAGGAUCAAAUCUGUAUUCCAUCCAUAAUCAAAUGUCAAAGCCUCAAAAUAAAAUGGAAUAGAAGGAAUUUUGCCCGCCUCGGAUGGACAAUCAAAGUAGAUAUUAAUAUCACAGGGAAAGAAUAGGUUCAAAAUCAGUCAUGGCUGAUGACAACAUUCCUGAAAAGGACACAAGCAACAAUGCCUACAGAAAUUCAGCUGCACUGGACCAGAAGGCUGCCCAGCAGAGACGAAUGGUUUCCAAACUGGACCGAGAUGAGCUUGAAGAUAAAUAUCUUCGACUCUCUGAAGAAAACCUUCUGCUUAAAAAACAUGCGAGAAAGCAGGAAGAUAAGAUCAAAAGAAUGGCUACCAAACUUCUGCGGCUGGUCAACGACAAAAAGAAACAUGACCUUGAGAUAGGAAAGGCUGGACGCGAAGUAGCUGCUGAAGAGCAGUUAAUGGAGUUGAAAGGAAAAGUGCAAAACCUGGAGAAAAUAAACAGCCAUCUAAAGGAAAAGCUGGCACUGACAAAGCAACAAGCUCUAACGCUGGCUGCAGCCAAGAGAACUAUGCCAUACAACUAUGUCCAGUCUCGCAUCAGCACAGGCAUCCCCAAACCUCCGACUGUACAAAUCGAUCCUAGGAUCACUAAAAAUCUCAGGGUGAUUGGUCCAUCUCAGGAUGCACCAAAACGGUUCGCAACUCUGCAAGCAAGCCGUGCUGAUCAUGUUGUAAUGGAGGAAGCUCACAUGGAGAAGCGACAGCUACUUAACACCAUCGACCAGCUUCAUGAGAAACUAAGCAUGUAUGAACUAGAGAUUGAGAACCUAAAAGAGCAAAACCGCUUACGAGAGGCAGAGUUUGAGGAGGACAUCAUCAAAAUCAAACAACAGAUCACAUCUGAGCAAAGGCAAAGUGUUCAGGAGAACAUUGACAUGAUCAAACUACAGCGAGAAGUGAAAGAGAAAUCAACACGGCUGAUCGGCCUUCAGAAUAAAUACACAGCUAUGGAGGAGGACACUCGAGCACUGCGGCAAAAUCAUGACCACAUCUUAAUGGAGAUGGAGCGACUUAGCAUGCAAGUGAAAGAAGAGCAGAACCGUGUCCUCACGCUGCAAAAUGAACUGAGGAAUGCUGCCACAGGCCAGAAGCGAACUUUGGAGCUCCAGGAGCAGGUGGUGGACCUACAGAGGGAAAUUGACACGCUCAAAGAAGCCAAUGAGAAAUUUGUCAGCAGUGCUUUUGACCUUGAACGAGAACGUGAAUGGCGACAACGUGAGAAUAAACUCAAGGUACAGAUUGCCCAGCUUGAAGCCACACUUAAGUCAGACCUGGGUGAAAAGGGCAGUAUUAUUGACAGAUAUGCUAAUGAAAGAGAUGCCCAUGAGAAGCUUCAGCUGGAGUUCAGGGAACUUCAAAUCACCUACUUCCAGAUGAAAGAAAAGUGUGAUGAUAUGGAGGAAAAACUCAAGUUCUUCACUAAGGAGAGUGCCCUUGACCUGACGGAGCUGGAGGAUGCCCUUGUGCUGGUGAAGCAGAAGAAGCAGAGGGCAGCACCAGACCCAGACUUCCUGCAGAAAGUUGAUAUGGAGAUCAACAAAGACCAUAAGCGUCAGCUUUUAGAACUGCAGGCAGAGUAUGCUGAAACAGUUCUGGAGCUAGAGAAGACGCGCAACAUGCUUGUGGUGCAGCAUAAUAUCAACAAAGACUAUCAGAAAGAGUUGGAGAGCAGCAACAAACAACUUGAAGACACAAAGAAGGAGUAUGAGCUAAAGCUGGAUGAGUAUGCCCGCCUCCUGGAUAUCCGUGCAGCCAGAAUUAAGAAGCUGGAAGCACAGUUACGAGAUGUAGCUUAUGGAACUCGGCAAUACCGGGUCCCCCCACCUGAUGAUGACGUAGAGUCUUCUGUAGAUCUUGAGGAAUCAUUACAACUGGAGAGAGGCCAGAACCUGUUUGAAAUCCACAUUGAAAAGGUCAGCCUUUCUGAGGAUGCUGUUAGGCACAUUGGGGAUGAAGAGCCCAGCCUUUUCUGUACGUGGGACUUUUUUGAGUUUGAGUCCCAGUCCACACCUGUGCUGCGUGGUUCACGACCGGUUUAUGACUUCACCUCCCAGUACAUCGUCAAAGUGGAUGACUUUUUCUUGCACUACCUCCAGAAGGGGUCCUGCACACUGGAACUGCACCAGUCCUUUGGACAAGACUAUCGCACUGUGGCAGCUUGUCAGCUGGUAUUCAAAGACAUUUUUGACAAACCCCAGGGCCGCAUCCAUGGCAUGGCUGUGCUAACAGGUGUUGCAGAUGGAGAAACAGGUGUUGGGUAUGGUACUAUUGAGUACUGGGUGCGCCUUCGUGUACCUAUGGAUCAAGCACUUCGAUUGUACAAGGAACGUACCAAAGCUCUUGGGUAUCUGUCAGCUAACAAGGUACAAGCUGAAGAAGUAUUGCAAGCUUUGGAUGAAAAGGCUGCCAGGCGACCUCUAGACAACAUUAAUGAACUGCACAUCAAGGUCAUUUCCUGUGCUAAGCUGAAGUCACGGCGAGAUGAUGUUCAGCCAUCACCUUACUGUGUGUAUCAGUUCUUUGACUACAGUGACCAUGACACUGUGUGUGUUCGAAAUUCUAACAAUCCAGAAUUUCAUGACCACAAAACAUUCCCUGUUCCUAUGACACCAGAGCUAGACCAGUAUCUACGUGUCACACAUCUUCAAAUAUACGUGUUUGAUGACACAGAUCCUGUAGAAACAUCCUACAUCGGUAUAGUUGAAAUACCUCUCAUGUUACUUCGUACUCAGAAGCAGAUCAAGGGUACAUUUGAACUGAAGAGGCAAGAUGGUACCAUGGGUAUUGGCACCAUGGACCUGGAGAUAUACUGGCAACACGAAUAUAUCAUUCCUAAGAAACAGACAUACACCCCACAGCAGAUUGACCAAACGCCUGAUGAUUUACCAGUCAAGAUUGCAGCUUAUACUCCAAAGCCAUCACGGAAAGCUGCUAUUCGCAUGGCUGCACCCAGUGCCACUUCCACUCCUAUGCAAAAUGACAUGCUAGCCGAGGUUGAAAGCCAGAUCAUUCAAACUAAAGGAGUCAGUGCCCCUUCUGCCACCCGCCAUCCAGUCUCACCCAAGCCAACAGCAAGAAGGAAAGUCAAGAUGAGUGACAAUCACUCCAGUGAGAUGCUGGUGCAAGACACUGUGUCACAGGUCGUUUCCGGAUUCAUGCCCCGCACAUCUGAGUCGGUGUCAUCUAUGGCUGAGAUGAGCACUAUUGGACCUGAUAGAGAAGAUGAAGAGGACAAUCAUGCACCACAAUCUGUUGAUGCUCUGGCUCCUAAAGAGCCUCUGCUGCAAGAACAAUACUCCACAGAGGAGGAGGAGCUAGUUGCUCGCCCCUCCCCUCUGCGAUCCUCUCUCAAUAUUGAGUCUGGGUCAGCCUCAGAGGAAGGGGAGACAUAUACAAAAAUACCAAAGCCCAAAGCAAGAACUUGUAUUAAUGCAAAAGAUGAAAAAUCUGGAGCCAAACAGGAGAAACAGGUACCACAAGCUGAGCCACCCAGGCAGCAGAUGGAAGAUGAUGAAGAAUCUAUUGUGGAAGAAAUUUCAGAGGAAGCUAUGGAGGAGAUCCCUGAAAAUGGCGACAGUACACUUCUUGCAGAGAAGGCUGAAGACAUUGUUCCAGAUGAGUCUGAAGAAUCAGAGCCAAAUCACAUUGAAUCAGAUAGUGAAGGGGUCAUUACUGUUGCUACACCAACAAGGAAAAAAGACAGAAUGCCAAAAGCAAGUGACACAGUGACAGUGGUGGUUUCUCAUCUGAGUCUGGAAGAGGAUUCACCCCCCAUGGUGAACCCCAACAUCAAACAGCUAUUUGUGGCGUACAGCUUUGUGGGGCUUCCACCACAGGACACAGAGACACCAUUUUCCCUGCCUAAACCUCGCCCACAAAGCCAAAUAGCUUUCAACUUCAGCAGAACAAUAGCUGUUGAUAUGAAGCGCCAUUUGGAGCGACGACAACACCUUGCUCUCAUGUUGUUACCUGAUCAUGAAGAUCAGGGGAGAAUCAGGUUUACUGUGGUGAGUGAGCCACCAGAGGAUGAGCAAGAUGCUGACUGUGAGGACGUGGGUGUGGCAUAUGUCAGCGUGCGCGACAUCCUGAAGAAUAAGGCAGACCUCAAAGAUGCGGAUAUCGAUAUUUUUGACGUCGGCAACCCCAAAAGAGUGAUAGGCCAAAUGAAUGUGACAGUAGAGUGUUUAGCAGCACUGCAGGCAGUAGACUUGGAGAUGCAAGUUGAUGGCACAUACUGAGUUAUAAAUGCUAUACUUCAUUCUCAUCCAGUUUAAAGAUCUGAAAUUCACCAACCAAAGAAUUUCAUGCGCAAAGAUUUUGUAAAUAAAUGUGCUUAUUGGAUCAUGCUACAUGAUUGUUAUCAUUGCAGAAGAACAUCAUUUUUUGAUAAAAUUAAUACAAGGAGUUGUUUUAAGUAGAAAUAUAGGCACACCUUUUUAACAGAUUUAAAGAGCAAUUUCACAGCAGUAAACUUUUAAGGGAAGAUGAAGCAAGUAAUGAAAUUUUUUUUAAGAUCAUGCAGGCCAUGAACAGAUACUGACCAGCAGUUGCAUAAUGAAUGGAAAGUCAUCAUCGGUGAUUAGAAAGGUUUUGUUACAAAUCGGAAACUGUGAUGUCACUUUUAACUGACAUAUAUAAUGUCGAGUGAUGAUAUUUAUCUGAAUGCAUGUUAAUGCAAGUGCAAGACUGUAUGGUUUGUUCACGUGAAUAUUUUAACUGGUUCUGCAGAAAACUGAUGAAUGAGAUUCAAGUUUUCUUUUGUUUAUAGUAAAAACAAAUUAUUUUACAGAGUCAUGACUUUUCCUUUUGUGGUUUGGGGACUUUUAUCAUCUACAUGUUUCUCGGCCACUAUUUAGUGUACUUUUAUGGGAGUGAGGAGUUGCUAACACUACAAAUCUUUUUGUUCCACUACUUCAGCUUGUCAUACGAUACCUGUCUAAGCUGUUAUUUUGACAACUUUUCUUAAAAGCAAAGGCUGUGAUACUUUUACAGUUAGUCUGCCAGUUCGUUUGGAAUUUGGAAGGUUUUGCUUUUGUUUCUAUUGGGUGUGUGGUUUUUUUUGGGGGGAAAGGGGGGGAGAUUCUGUUACUAUCAGUCAGAUGAUUCCCUAAAAAUACCAACAAUAUUUAGAGUUUUAGUUAUAGAUACUUUAAGUAGUGUAUUUUUUAGUUAGCUCUUUAGUAUUGGUAUUCUGAUAGGUGAAAUAGUCAGCCAUAUUUUGGUACAAUACUUUAUAUAUAUAUUUCAUUUCUUUUCUUUAAUCUAAUAAAUAACCUUAAAAAAAACCUUAUGCAUUGUUUCUUUACUACAAAAAGGAUGAAAUGUCUAAAUAAAUUAUUCUAGCAAAUCUUCCUGAAAAGGCAGUACGCAAUCUUGCUCCCAGUACCUACUAAAUUUGUGCCUGCAUGCACACUUGUAGCAUUAAAACAGAACUUUCACUGUCCAGAGGGAAAGAAUGGAUUUGAUCCAGCAAAAGGAGGUGAGGGUACUUGUCACCCAGAUGGGAGAAAUUAACAAAGAAUAACUGCUAGGGUAGCCAGCACUGUAUGCAGUUCUCACCUCGUACCAUCGUCAAAUCAUUCUUCCCCACCACAAGCUAAACAUUCAACCUUUAAGAGAACAGUAAAGCUCGUUAAUAAACUGCCCACGUCUGGACGUGGAGUGGCACCUGUUUACUUAGGGCUGGGCUGGAAUAGCUAACUUUGAGAAUGCCUCAUUGUCUUAGGAAAUAUACACUUAAGUAGAACCUUCACAUUUGUGAACAUGCUUGGACCUAAUGCCAUGUUUUUUGGUGUAGAACAGGCUGAUCUUGGUAGUCAUUUCAUCUUUGUGUAAAGAAAAAGAUGAUUUCAAAUACAUAAUUUUUAUACACCUUUUUAAACCUGACAUUUGUAGGCAUUCAGUGUUAAGUACCCAUGAAUUUUGUACACCAAAAAAAAAAAAAAA